UAUCCGUCUCAGCCAGGUCCGACACUGAGACACCCAGACAAGGGGACUGACCGUCAGACGGACAGAUGGGGGGUUCCAUCCUCGGGGUUCUUGAGGCUCUCUGAAAGCAUAGGUAUCUCUUCCUGGUUCAGAGGAUUGUUGACUUGAGAGUGAAGAGGGAGCUUGGAAAUCAUCACUGAGUCCAAUUACCCUCCUUGACAGAGCAGAAAACCAAGGCUCUAAGAAGGGAAGGGGCUUGGCUAAGGCCACUCAAAGUCCUCCAACUCCAAAUCUGGUGGGUCCAAAGUGAAGGCGGAAUUUGUGAGAUUCUUUGCUGUCCUGACCCUGUUCUUACCUUCUGAACCUGAGGAUUAGACCACCAUGGCCCAGAGUUUGGACCAAAUGGAAGAACAGAGACUCUACCAGCAGACCCUCCUUCAAGAUGGUCUGAAGGACAUGCUAGACCAUGGCAAGUUCUUGGACUGUGUUGUCAAGGUGAAGGACCAGGAGUUCCCAUGUCACCGGCUGGUUUUAGCUGCCUGUAGCCCGUACUUCCGGGCCAUGUUCCUCAAGGACUCAGAAGGGAUCCAGGAAAUCAGCCUGGAGGAGGUGUCUCCAGAAGUGAUGGCCAAGGUCCUACACUAUCUCUACACUUCAGAGAUUGAUCUCAACGAGGACAACGUUCAGGACCUUUUUGCAGCAGCCAAUCUUUUCCAGAUUCCAUCCAUUUUCACCAUCUGUGUUUCCUUCUUGCAGAAGCGGCUUUGCCUUGCCAAUUGCCUGGCGGUCUUCCGUCUUGGCCUCAUGUUGGACUGUGCACGACUGGCCGUGGCUGCCCGUGACUUCAUCUGUGACCGCUUCCCUCUUAUUUCCCGUGACCAAGAUUUCUAUGGCCUCUCUGCCAAUGAGCUCAUUGCCGUCAUCUCUAGUGACAGCCUCAAUGUGGAGAAGGAAGAGAUGGUCUUUGAGGCUGUAAUGAAGUGGGCCAGCACUGGGGAUGACCAGGAGGCCCGACUCCAGGCCCUGCCCACUGUCUUUGAGAGCAUUCGUUUCCGUCUCCUGCCUCGAGACUACCUUGAGAGCCGAGUAGAAAAGCAUCCACUGGUGAGGGCCCGGCCCGAGCUCCUCCGCAAGAUUCAGAUGGUCAAGGAUUCCCAUGAGGGGAAGAUGACCAUCCUAAAGAGGAAGAAGAAGAAAGAAGAGAUAUCUGGGAAGGAAAGAUCUGGGAUGGUCAAUGGAGUAGAUGCCGGAGGGCCAUCUGGGAAAGUGAAAAAGGCUGGAGAGAAGGAAGCAGAAGACACUGAUGAUGGCGACACGGUCAUCCCUGGGAUCCUUAAUGACACCAUGCGCUUUGGGAUGUUCCUCCAGGAUCUAAUCUUCAUGAUAAGUGACACAGGGGCCGUGGCCUAUGACCCUGGGACCAACGAGUGUUACUUUGCUUCACUCUCCACUCAGAUUCCCAAGAACCACGUCAGCCUCGUGACCAAAGAGAACCAGAUCUUUGUGGCUGGAGGCCUUUUCUACAAUGAGGACAACAAGGAGGACCCUAUGAGUUCUUACUUCCUACAGUUUGAUCACCUGGAUUCCGAGUGGAUGGGCAUGCCACCCUUACCUUCCCCACGUUGCCUGUUUGGCUUGGGAGAGGCUGAAAAUUCCAUCUUCGUUGUGGGUGGCAAAGAACUCAAGGAGGGAGAGCAGAGCCUGGACUCAGUGAUGUGCUAUGAUCGGCUGUCGUUUAAGUGGGGCGAGUCGGACCCGCUGCCCUACGUGGUGUACGGCCACGCGGUGGUGUCUUACAUGGACCUCAUCUACGUCAUCGGGGGCAAAGGAAGUGACCGGAAGUGCCUGAAUAAGACUUACGUCUAUGACCCUAAGAAGUUUGAGUGGAGAGAGCUGGCGCCCAUGCAGAAUGCCCGGUCCCUCUUUGGGGCCACCGUCCAUGACGGCAAGAUCUACGUGGUGGCUGGAGUCACGAACACGGGGCUGACCAGCUCAUCAGAAGUGUACAACAUAGCGGAUAAUAAGUGGGAGCCAUUUUUGGCCUUUCCCCAGGAACGCAGCUCACUCAGCCUUGUUAGCUUGGCUGGGACCCUCUACUCCAUUGGGGGCUUUGCUACCCUGGAAACCGAGUCAGGAGAGCUGGUGCCUACCGAGCUUAAUGACAUAUGGAGGUAUGAUGAAGAAGAAAAGAAAUGGGAAGGAGUUCUGAGGGAGAUUCCCUAUGCAGCCAGUGCCACCUUUCUCCCUGUCCGACUCAAUGUUCUGAGGUUGACAAAGAUGUAAAAAGAGCCCUGGAGUCUUGGCUGAAGUUCUCCUCCCCUGACCCCAUUUUCUAGGUGUUACAUCUUUCUUUGAGGAGAUGAAGCAUGGUAUCAUAGAAAGAUGGUUCGUCUUGAAGCCAAGAGUGAUGACUGGUUCAAAUCUAGGCUCCACCAAUCAUUAUCCAUGUGAUCUUGGGUUCAGAAAUGCCUCCAUGUCUCAGAGCCUCAGCUACCUCAUCUAUAAAAUGAGGCUGUUGAUCCUUGACCUAUCUUUGCUUUUGAAAUGGGCAGGGUUGUUUCUAUUCUUCCAUGGCCUCUCCAUCAAUCCCAUGCCACCCCUGGCUAGGGGGCCCAGCAGAAGAGGAC